AUGUGGGCAGUUAAAAAGCUCAAUCUGGACCUUGAUAAAGCUGGAGAGAAUCGUUUACUUCAAUUGAUUGAGUUGGAAGAAUUGAGACACAAUGCUUAUGAUAAUGCUAAAUUUUACAAAGAAAGGACCAAAGUUUUUCAUGAUAAACAUAUUGUGAAGAAAUCCUUUGAUCCCGGACAAAAAUUCUGGCUCUUCAACUCUAGACUUAAACUCUUCCCCGGAAAGUUGCGUACUAAAUGGGAAGGUCCAUAUGAAAUCAUUUUUGUUGCGCUUCAUGGGGCAGUUGAGAUAAAAAGCUUAAAAGAUGGCAACACAUUCAAAGUGAAUGGGUAA